AUGCCGACACUUGAUCAGGCUGGGCUGACGAAAUUGUUCAAGAGUCUCUCGCUCUCUUCGCGAGCCUUGGGAGACGUUGGAGCCACAGUCUUGAGCAACCCGCUCGACCUUUGCCGCACCUCAUUAGCAGAGCUACUGGCUGUUAUUGUAGGAUGCGAUAUACAGGUCGCCUUCAGGUCAAUACAGUGGCCCAAUAACAUCUUUAACGGCGAUCUCUCUGUUACCAUUCCGAAGCUUUGCCCAGGUCGCAGACCGGCCGAGUUUCCUAAAAGACACGCGCUCUUCGACCCACCGUUCCUCGAAGGUGUGCAUCUGCGCGUGUUCCUGAAGCUCGAGGUGGUGGGACACAUACUGUUGCCAUUUAUCCUGGACCGCGGUUCGAGCUAUGGCUCGCAUCCCUCCGAGGAAACCCCAAAGGAAGCAGUUGUUGAGUUUUCGUCGCCGAAUAUCACUAGCGAGUUCCAAGGAAAGCACUUGCGCAGCACCAUCGUUGGAUCUUUCAUUAGCCGACUGUACGAGUCUCUUGGUUGGCAUGUAACGCGCCUCAACUACCUCGGUGAUUGGGGCAAGCCAAUCGCGCUCCUCAAGGUUGGCUGGGACAGAUUCGGCUCCGAGGAAGCUUUCCAGAAAGACUCAGUUGGCCACCUGCUGGAAGUCUAUCACCAGAUCGAAGAACUCUUCCAGCCCGAACAAGCAGCGAGCAAGAAGGCUCGGGAUGAAGCAGUCAAAGAGGGUAGAGAUGAGGGCGAAGCCCAAGUCGAAAUCGAAAGCCAGGGCAUCUUCUCUCAACGCAACAAGGCCUUCAAGCAGCUUGAGGCCGGAGACGAAGCAACAGUUUCGUUCUGGGAUCGUGUCCGAAAAGCCAACAUCGAGAACUACACUAGCUUCUACAAUCGGCUGGGCAUUCAGUUCGAUGAGUACUCCGGCGAGUCCAAAAUGUCCCAAGAGAUCGUGGUCGAGGUAGAGCAGCUGCUGAAAGACAAGAAUAUCUCCGAAGAAAGCGGUGGAGCCUGGAUCGUACACAUGCAAAAGCUCGGCGCGAAAGCGGGUACUGCCAUCAUCCGAGAUAGGUCAGGCAGCAGUACGUAUCUUCUACGAGAUCUUGCUGCUGUGCUGGAGCGCUCGAGGAAGUACGCGUUCGAUAAGAUGGUGUACGUUGUGGCCAGCGACAACAGUGUCCAUUUCUCUCAACUCUUCAGAAUUUUAGAGGCGCUGGACAUGAAAGAUCUCGCUACUAAACUGCAGCAUGUCCGGUUCAGCGAGGUGUCGAAAAUGUCGGCUACUCUUGGCAAAGGAUACAAACCGCAGGCAAUCCUUGAUGCGAGCGAAGACGCAAUCGAGGGUCUAUCGGAGGCUGAUGAAGAGAAGGCCGGCUUGCUGGGAGGUUCUGAUCAGACUACAAAGGCGUUGGGAAUCUCAGCAUUGCUGCUCCAGGAGGCAGUCACACGUGCGAACAGUGUCCACGCUUUCGACACAAGUUCGUUUGCGUCCUUCAAACCCUCGACUGGACCCGAGCUGCAGUACUGGUACACGAAGGUGUGUGCUCUCCUCAGUGGACACGCUGCAAGUGCAGAGUUGGCGGACGAUCAGUUCGAAGCACUGGCAGAUGAAGACAAGGCGAACCUUCUGAGGGUACUGGCCCAAUACCCUGAGGUUGUCAACGCCACAUUCCAGUCCCUCGAACCUUCUGGCAUCGUCACGUAUUUGACUGCCAUUACUGAGCAGCUGCCUACUCUCCUUGAGGAUGAGGACGACAAGAUUGACAUAUCUCCAGGCUCGGUUGCCUUGUUGGAAGCCACCAGGACUGUGCUGCAGAACGGCUUAAAGCUGCUUGGAGUGGUACCCAUACCAGACCUGCCUAUUCAGCGGGCAGAUACACCUGUCGCGGGCUGA